AAGCUAUCAUCCCAAUUAUGGAUAUGAUUGCGGAGGAUUGGAUAAAACCGAAAAAUACGCAGGAGAAAAAUGUGAUGAUGAAAAGAGCGCAGAGUGCACGCAUAAUUAUUACAUGCUCAUAUUGCAUCAUGGGAGUGGCAUGCUUUUUUGCUUUCGUCCUACCUUGCUUUGGAAUAUCGAUGAGAGACACAAACAACAUUACUGAUCCAGGCGGACCAAUGCCUCUACAAACUUAUUACAUUUACGAUGUAACAAAACGACCGCAGUACGAACUGACGUUUAUUAGCCAAUGUAUUUAUAUUAUUUUCGCCGCGAUGUCUUAUACUGGAAUUGAUAAUUUUCUCGGAUUGUUGGUUUUCCAUGUGUCUGGCCAAUUGGACAUUCUCAAGAAUCGUUUGAUACAUUUGGAUAAAUGCAUAAAUUCUCAUGACAUGUUGAAAACAUGCGUGGCACAGCACAUUCGUUUACUCAGGGCCAUUGCCAUUAUUGAAGAUGCGUAUAAUAUAAUACUUCUCACAUUAUUUGUAUACUUCGCAAUACAUUUUGCUUUUUAUGGCUUUCGCAUUAUUAACUUAUUUGACGAAGGAGGUGAUUUAUCACUGACUCACUUGAUAUAUUUUGUAUCAACGUUUUUCAAUUUAUUUGGGCAUAUGUGUCUAUAUUGCGCUCUCGGCGAAUUUUUAAUGACUCAAUGCAAUGAAAUAUAUAAUGCGGCUUACAAUAAUAAAUGGUAUUCCGCGGAUCCAAAAAUUGCACGAACCUUGUUGUUUUUGCUCAUAAGAGGCGUCAAACCGAUUUAUCUUACUGCUGGAAAAAUGUUCCCCAUGACUAUGACUACAUUUUGUGGUUUAAUAAAAACAUCAAUGGGAUAUGUAUCUGUUUUGCAUACAACGAGAAGUUAUUAAAAAAUUGAGAUAAAUCUAAAUUGCUCCUUAUAAUUUGUUGUUUUAUAGUAUAGCGAUAGUACAUCUAAAAUUGUGUAAAUAUUAAAAUGUUAUUGCCAAAUAAAUUAUAAAUUUUGUUGCACGAUUUGAUGGAAAUA